UGGUAUCAAGAAGAUCGUUUCAAUCGGUCAUGGUGUCUGCAUCAAGAAAGCGCGUCCAACAAAUUAAAUAGGACCUGCUUUGCCUCCGGUAGAACGCCCAUUACCUGUACCUAAUUUUCAGGUAACAGAACUAGACGAUGGUGGCUUUAAAAUUCAAGGGACAUUCAACGCCACUGAGAACGAUGUCAAGCCAAGAGGGGAAAUUUCAGCUCAAACACAUUUCGGGACUCGUUUCCCUUCAUCUUUCCCGAACGUCCGGCCAGCCGAAACAACUCCGUGCUGGCUCGGAAAAUUCCUCACCUGGCUUGGAAUUUACGAUCCAACUCUCCUUGGACACGUCAUCGCGUUGCGUUUGUUGCAAGGAUAAUUACGGCAAGCCAACUGCAGUUUGGGUCAGCAUCGACGAAUGUCAAGUAGUCGCUUUGAAGUCGUUCUCUCCAGGUCAAUGGAAGUCCGCCAAAAUUCCCUCUCCACUUUUGAAGUUGGAACAAACGAAAAUCCCUUGCACACUUGUGAUCCACUUUGCAAGAACUGCUGGCGAGAUUAACGCACGGAUGCAAUUCUUUAAUUUGUACGUCAAUCAGUUGAACUGCGACGUUACAUUCCAUUUCGGCACAGCCGAAAAAGACGGGCAAAUCGGCGGCCAUGUCACUAUUUUGUCAGCCAGGAGUUCCGUCUUCGCUGCCAUGUUCCAGAGCGGAAUGCAAGAAGCGAGCACGAGAAAAGUUUGCAUUAAAGAUAUCAAACCAGAUAUUUUUAAACAAUUGCUCCAUUACAUUUACUCGGGCCGAACAUCGCCUGAAUUGUCCGAGGAAAUUGCCCAGCCUUUAUUUGUUGCAGCCGAUAUGUACGACAUUGGCGACCUCAAAGACGAAUGCAUCCAAUUCUUGUUAUCUUGCAUCAGUUUAGAGAACGCCGUUAAUCUAAUGGCGUGGGCGCACGUUCGUUCAAUUGAUUCCCUUAAAGAAGCAACACUCACUUUUGUAGGAUCAAAUGGGAAAGAAAUAUGCAAACAGGAUGACUGGGAGAGACUGACCAAGAAUUAUCCAGAUCUUUGUGUGAUGGCCACUCGACUUAUGUUAAAAUAGCACUCUAUGUUAACACAUUAUCUAUAUCUUGAAUUUUUAAUCAAAUUUCUAAUGGGGAUGUUACAUUAUCAGGAGAAUCAAGCAUCACUUAAAGCUUAUAUCU